CCAAGAUCAUCCUCGUUGCAGAUCUACUUCGCUCUACUACCCUUUUUACAGUGUAAUCAAAGUCAAAAGUAACCAUUUUCCGCACCAAGAAGAACAAAGGACUGAACAAUUACACAACCAAAGACGAAGAUGAACAUCAAAAGCUGAGAUUUACUUUGAAAAAAUACUGUCACACAAAGACCAAGCUAGCCUGCUGUUUAAGCCCCUAGUACCGGAUUGAAUUUUCUCGUUCACCUUCCCGCCCAUGAUUCGAAUCAUGAGAACGACGAGCGCUGACUUUUUGACGACGAUUUUUCCUUUUCCUCUACCGCACUCACGAAGAUAUUUCUACCAGUUUGAUACAGCUCUAUACGGUUACAUCUAGUACGCAUUGACACAAUUUUCCGAAGUUUUUGAAAGCCACCUGCUAAGUGACACCCGCUUUACAGCGCAGCAGCAGUCGAGCUGCAGUUGCUCGUCUUAUAAGAUUUUUUGAAUUACUGCCGCACUUUGUGCGUUGUCGAGCCACCGUGCUCCAUCAG